UCCCUAGCAACCGAGCGGGCGCGAGUCCUUCCCAGCCUCUCCCGCCGUCUCCCGGGAUGCCCCUGCAGGUUAGCGAUUACAGCUGGCAGCAGACGGAGGCUGCGGUCUUCAUCUCGGUUCCCCUCCGAGGCGUCAGCAUCAGAGACGCGGACGUGUUCUGCACGGAAAGCUAUCUGAAGGUCAACUCUCCUCCAUUUUUAUUUGAGGUGUUUCUCUAUGCUCCCAUUGACGAUGAGAACAGUAAAGCCAAGAUUGGGAAUGACACUGUUGUUUUCACCUUGUACAAGAAAGAAGCGGCCAUGUGGGAGACCCUUUCUCUGUCAGGUGUUGACAAAGAGAUGAUGCAGAGAAUAAGGGAGAAAUCUAUCCUACAAGCACAAGAAAGAGCAAAAGAAGCAAUGGAAGCAAAAGCUGUAGCAAGGAGGGAAGAUCAAAAAUAUGCACUAAAUAUCAUGAUGAAGAUUGAAGAAGAAAAGAGGAAAAAAAUAGAAGAUAUGAAAGAAUAUGAACGGAGAAAAGCAACUAAAGAAUUGGAAGCCUGGAAAGAGCAUCAAAGCAAAGCUGAAGAACAAAAAAGGAUUCAGAGAGAAGAAGAAUUGCGUCAGCAAGAAAAGCAAAUGGAAGAAGAGAGGGAAAAAGUAAAACAUAAAAGUCUUACUAGAAAUUCAACAUCUAGAAAUCUCACCAUAAAAGGGAGAAAUUCAGAAAAUAUGUUUUUUGAGAAGCUAAAGGAAGACAGUAUUCCUGCCCCUCGCUCUGUUGGCAGUAUUAAAAUCAACUUUACUCCUCGAGUAUUCCCAACUGCCCUCCGGGAAUCACAAGUAGCAGAAGAAGAGGAGUGGCUACACAAACAAGCAGAGGCACGAAGAGCAAUGAACGCUGAUAUUCCUGAGCUUAGUGAUUUAAAAGAAGAGGAAAAGAACCCAGAAUGGUUGAAGGACAAAGGAAAUAAAUUGUUUGCAACAGAAAACUAUUUGGCAGCUAUUAAUGCAUACAACUUAGCCAUAAGACUAAAUAAUAAGAUUCCACUAUUGUAUUUGAAUCGUGCUGCUUGCCACCUAAAGCUAAAAAAUUUACACAAGGCCAUCGAAGAUUCUUCUAAGGCACUAGAAUUGUUGACGCCACCUGUUGCAGACAAUGCUAAUGCAAGAAUGAAGGCACACAUACGACGUGGAACAGCAUUCUGUCAACUAGAAUUGUACAUAGAAGGCCUACAGGAUUAUGAAGCUGCCCUUAAGAUUGAUCCAUCCAACAAAAUUGUACAAAAUGAUGCUGAGAAGAUUCGGACUAUAAUUCAAGGAACAGAACUAAAAUCUUAAUGACUACUGGAAACAACUAGGUAUGGUAACUGGGCGUUGUUCUAAGUUUUACAGACAUACCUGGAGGUGUUAGGAAUCUGUACGUAUUACGGCUGAUUGUGCAGAAUCACCUUCUCUUUAGUUCUGUAGAGGGCAGAAUACUAUAAAUCUGUAGAAGAUGAAAUGUUAAUUUGAAUGGUAUCUGAAUAAGUAAAUCAAAAUAAGAAUAAUCUAUUUUAAUUCUUUGCUUCAUAUUACUACAUAAUUUAAUUAUAUAUUGUUUGUUACUGAAUUCAGCUUGCCCUAAUAAAUACUAACAAAAUAUUUGUUGGUGUGACUACUAGGACAUUUGCUGAUUCAUUUUUAGCAAGGUAGAAGUUUAAAAGAUCGUGUUUAUAAAGUAUUUUGUUUGGAUUAAAUGCACAAUUUAAUUGUCUGAAUCAUAAAUAUUGAUGUUUUCACUUAGUUUUCAAAUGCACAGACCCUUUAAAAAAAAAAUACUGCUCCACCCCCUGUUGUUUGGGGUUAGACCAGUUUACCUUAGUGAAACAACUGUUUGGAAAACCUUAUCUUUAACUUUGGCACUGUUCACCAAAGCGUUCAUCAUAUUUCAUAACACUAUCUGGUGGUGGUAAGUUUUCUGGUGAGAUUGUUUUCUAGUACCUUCAAGUAUACGAGGGGGCAAAAAGACAGCAAAGGGUGGAAAUGUUAACUUAGAGUAUUCCGCUCCUGGCAGUGGACUGCACCACCAUUUGUGUUGUAGCACUGUGACGAGGCAAGCAGGAAGCAAAACUGGGGCAGCUUCCCUUUUGCAUCUAAUAGUUGUUACAAUUCUCUGAUUAUAUUUAGAGGGUUUUUAGGAAAACAAUUUUUAGGGAUAAAUUGUUAUGGUAUUUGGUCAUCUACUGUCAUUCAAGUGGAUCAUAAUACAACCUCUUUUCUUUUUUUAAUGCAAUAUUUUUUGAAUAUGUAAGAUAUCGUAGCUCAGCAAUGGUGAAACUUUUACAUCUACAAAGCGACUUUUGAUAACUUCUGUAGCAGUCCUGACCUUCUGUUGAGGCAGGAUUGCUUUUUCUCAUAGUCAACCCUGGUUUGUUUUGAUUUUGAAAAAUAAAUGUAACCAAAAUAAAAGUGAUUCUUCUGUGUCUCAA